ACCAAUCCCCAUUUUGGCCAUAUGCUUGCGUGGACUGGAGUCACUGGACUGAGGUUGGGAGCAGAGCAGUGUGUGUCCGCAACAAUGGGUACCGCCGGAGCUUUCUACUCCGUUCCGUUGAACCACCAAUUCCACCGGCGGCCACUUCUUUUUGGCCAUUUACAUCAAACUCCCUUUCUCCUCCCUAUCACUUGGCCACUCAUCACUUCCUCUCGGCACAAAAUUAUCAAAUUAUAUUUCCGUCGAAGCUCCGGCUCAAGGCUCCUCGUGAAUCCUCCCCGUGCCUUAUUUUCAAGUCAACAUCAAGGAGGGAGCGGCAGCAGUGAAGUUGAUCCGGAUCUUCGGUCCGUGCUUGAACUCGCGACUGAUUCUGAACUCUAUGAACUUCAAAGAAUAUUAUUUGGUCCUAGUUACUUCAGUCCAUUGUUGAAGUCAGUAACAAAGAGAGAUGAAAUUGAUGACAUUAUGAUUGGAGAAGACCUGGAAGAGAGGGAAGAAUUUUUGUCGAUGCUUGAAUCGAGAUUUUUAUACCUUGCAGCUGAUGCUCGCUCCACAUUGAGGGGUAGGAGACCAUCAUAUAGAGAGGUAUUGCUUGGUGUCAGGGAAAAAUUAAGUAUAAGGUGUUCGGCCAAAUUGUCGACAGAGGACCUGGAAGCAGAGAUUUUUCUUUAUAUGCUGCAGGAGUACUCAAGUUCAAAAGAGAGCUUGGAUGAUUCUGAUGGGCAUGGUAGUCUAGAGUUUGGACUUAAUAAGUGGAAGGUACAAGCUGUUGCCGCAAUAAAAGCUGGGGCGGAAGGAGCCCGUUCAAUAAUAUUAAAGGGUGGCGGGGUGCUAACAUUGGGGAGGAUAUACAGCGGGUUAGCCAGGAGAUUUUCUGGAAAGAUGCUAUUGGAGGCUGCCAACUAUCAGAUAAGUAGGGAAGUCCUUAAAAAGGGUGGAGAAGUGGCGGCUCUUAGCCUGGAGUCCAGAUUGGCCAUGCUGGCUGCAAAAAAGGGCUUAGCAGGUGCUGCCUCCCGUUACUUUGGUCUAAGGAGCAUGAUGACAUUUCUUGGUCCAAUUCUGUGGGGAACACUUCUAGCAGAUGUUGUCAUUCAGAUGCUUGGAACUGAUUAUGCUAGAAUUGUCCGAGCAAUUUAUGCGUUCGCCCAGAUCCGAAUCACCCGCACAUACAAAACAUCUGAUGUUCAGUAAAAAAGCUUACUCAGAGUCAGAGAUUGAACUCUAAAGCUUGCGGCAUGUGGCACACUGGGAUAUUAAUAGGGUAUUUGGCUUGAAGGUGGUUCUCUACUUGUGCAUAUUAGCUACUGGAGAGAAUGUUCCCUGCAGUGCUCAGAAGGGCUUGUCAUUGUAC